GGAGAGGAGGGGUCGUCGAGUUCGUACGGCCGCGUACAGCGUUGCCUCACGCACACUUCUUCAGGCAGUGUAGCGCAGACGUUACAUAUCCUUGAGACUGAAUGUCAGGCGGGACUUGCGCAGCACCGGAGGAUAAUGUGCGGAGCGCGGCGGCAGAGAGGGCUGCGGCUUCUCGCUGACACCGUGACCGUCCGCUAGCGCGGAGCCCAGGAGGACUGCGUGAGAAACUCGAAGGAGCUUCUUAGGAGUGUGUGGAGCAGCAGCACAGUGGCUCCUCCCAUAGGCUGCUGGGAUCACUGCAGAUUUAAGGAAGUGGAAUCAGGUGGCAAAGACGUUGCUCUGAAUGGCCACAAGCCCAAGUCACAAUACCUCUCAUGAGUACCACUGCAUGGUGAGCGCUAGAUUACCUGAACAUCUGAGCACCAGAAGCACUCGGGAGUCAAAUGACAUGGAAGUCAAGGGCCACCUGAUCACCGGUAUGAGCCUUUCUGGUCCAGACCUCCAAGGUUGUGGCGACAGUAAGCAGUGUGCCGAGCGAGUCUCUGAGCUCCAGGAACGGAGGAGAAGCCUACAGUCCCUGCUAAAUGCUCGACUGGGAGAGCUGAGACGCAUCUGCCUGCUGGAAGCGGAGCUGACUGGGGAACUACCCAGUGAGUACCCCUUAGAAGUAGGAGAGAAGCCCCCCCAUGUGCGACGUAGAGCUGGGCUUGGUCACCGUGGCCCCAAACAUUCCCAUAAGGGAGAGGAAGAAGAGGGGUGUCACUGGAAGUACAAGAAAGCGCUCUUCCGGAGUGCUCUUCGCAGGCAGUCGGAUUCUGAGCACCAGGCUUCGCACGGCAAGAAGACUGUUCAUCGCGGAUGCCACACAGAUGAAAUGGUGCAGUCCGAGAGCAGCUCCAUGUCAGACUCCACAGGCCAGGACAAUGAGGAUUCGUCCCCCAGCGUGGGCCCAGACAGCCUGUCCCCCUCCCGUCCCCAGUUGGCCCCGGGGAGCCCAGACAGCCGGCUCUGCAGGAAACUGUCUCCGGUUGAGGUGUACUAUGAGAUGAGGACCCGCCGCAACUCUGUGGCCAGUUCUUCUAGCCCAAGUCGUUCCCUACCUCGGAGCAUGUCCAACGUGGAGGGCAGGAGUGUCCCGGCCACACCACUAUUGUCUCGAACCGUCCCUUCCAAUGGCCAUGUCAGACCAGAGGCAUUCAGCAGUGUAGCCACCCAGCAGUGGCCAGAUAGCCCUGAUGGGCCACACAUGGUGCCGCUGCAUUCCCAAGAUGGCGCAUCGUCUGGGUCAUUUGAGCGAGGGAGCUGUCCGUACAGCACCCGAACGCGGCGCAGCAACAGCUCAGAGGCCCUUCUAGACCGAACGGUCUUCCCUGAGGAUGGAGCCCAGCGUAACGGGAUGCCAAACAGAGGAGGCCCUUACAAGAGCUCAGAGGUGCUGACUGAUGGCAGGCUGCGCCAGGUUCAGCAGAUCAGUCCAGAGCGGCAUGUCAAUGGCCAUGUGGAGCAGGGCAGAAUGCGUUCUUCAGUGGGUGGCAGAGGAGGAGGGGGUGGGGGCUACAAUGAGAUCCUUAUGGAUUACAUCUGGGGUAAGCAGCAGAAGAUGCAGGUCCAGCAGCAGCAGCAGCAGCAAAGACACCAGCCUGUCAGCAGUGUGAAGAGCAGGGUCUGGCCAGAUGGCUCCUCACUCCCGAUUUCAGCUGCCACUGCAAAUGCCCAGUUCAACGGCUUUCCUCAGUCCCAGCCUGCCCAGCACUUUGGGGCUGGGCCUCCGCCACCCUACAGCCCACUGAUGCUGCGGGGGAAACCAGGUGACCCGCGCAGGGUUAAAGUGACUCGGACAAAAUCUUGUGGGCCCUUCAUCCCCCUCCAGCAGCAGCAAGAGACAGUCUUGUUCUCUGGCUACUCGGAGUUCCCCAACCUUGCUGCUGGCUCCUCUGGCUCCUCAGCAGCUGCCCUGUACCCCUGCCAGACCGAGCAGGCUGCCCCCUCGGUUGCCCGCCGGCAGGCCCCUUUCUCCAGCACUACCCCUGAGGACUCCACUCGCAGCCUGCACAAGGCUCUGGCCCUAGAGGGACUGAGAGACUGGUACCUGAGGAACACUUUGGGCCAAGGGGCUCCUGUAGCCAAGGGCCAAGAGUCUGCUCAGCCACGGCGCCGUACAACUCAUGGUCAUGUGCAGGUUGAACAGCCCUACUCCCAGUGCCACAACACCCACAUGCCUCAGUCUGCCACCUUUCAUGGGCAUCCCCUCCAUGGCAGGUCCAUGGAGCUUUCUCUCUACCAGGAGUCCUUCUCAUCACAAAUGCAGGACUUAACCCUGAAAGAACCCAACGCUGAGCCCCCUGCUCCCGGCACUCUGGUCUGAUACACACUCAAGGGUGCAGAUGCACGCACACAGGCUGAGGACAGCAGAGAGAACUCCAGAAACAUUUCCUAAGGGCACUUUCUCUACAGAGGGAAUUUGAGUGUGCUGAGGACACAAGGUAGUCACAGUGAAUGGCUCACCUGGACAACGGAGUUGUUCCUCUCUGGACUCUGGAGCAGUCCAGCGCUACAGAAAAACUUCUCUCCUGUGCCUCUUUCUCACUCCUGCUUUUCGUUGUAGCCAGUGUCUUAAUGGAUUAUACUGGUCAAGCAAAGCUACUGAAUAUAGCAGGUGGAAUGGGGGGGACCAGAAAACCCUAGAAAAAGCCUGCUGUCUUGUCUGUCUGCCCACUGGCUCAUAGCACAACAGACUGGUAAAAUUCACUGGUAUUUGCAGUUUGACAGAUUCAUAAUAAGGAUUUGAGCAUUACACACCACUUUUGAUGGCAUUAGUACAUGUGACACUAGCUGGACUCGACACAAACACCAGCAGUGGGCAUCACAGACGGACAGAAGUCUGGCUUCCCUUUUCACCUCACCUGAAGUAUGCAACUUUUAUCCAUGUAUGGUAUGGUUUUAAUUUUAUGAUGCAGAUCAAAAACCAUCGAAAUUAUGAUUUGAUCAAAAGACAUGAAAUGUUUUGUAACUUCAUGCAGUAAUUUACAUUUCAUGGAAGAUGUGCAAAAAAAUCAGUGUAGUCUUUUACAUUUGUCCAUUUUGAGUGUGUAACACCAACUCUGGAGCCAAAAGCUGAGAAGUAUAAGCUAACGGUAGUCAAGGAGAUGUGUCAUUGAGUCCAUUCGCAACUCUAUUUGUUUACCGAGGGGACAAAAACACUUCAGUGACUUUUUAGCCUUUGUGAUGUUCCCACUUUGAAGUUAACCAGAAGUUGAGCAUUGCUUUAAUUAUACAUAUUCAGUGGAGUGUGAGAAAGAAGUGACAUUUUAACAGGAGCCUUGUAUAUUCUGAAAAAAAUGCAAAGAUUUGUAAUGCAUACCACUUUACCAUAAAUUGUUUUAUAAAUUGAACUACUGAAUCUGUACUAAAGUUUUAACUGUGCUUCCUGAGCACAGUUGCUUUCACCUGGGACUGGCAUACAAUUUUAAAAAUAACUUUGUAAGAGCCACGGUCCUUUUAUAGCCAUUUGUUUUUGACUGUACAUUUUUCAUACUGUUAACCAUAAAAUUUAUCUACAAGGGAGGUACAACUAGAUAGUGCAUUGAAUUCUGGGAGACAGGAAGUGAGUGAACUGUUUAUGAUGCCAGAAGCAGGUCUUGUGGCAAAGACAUUUGUUGUAAUAAAGAAACAGCAGGACACUCACAUCCUGUCCUUUCCAUCACUCGUCACAGUCCCUCCAGACCAGGUAGUUUUCCAUUAAAAAGAAGCUGCAGUUGGGGAGGAGAGUCUUGUGCUGUGGAUCGCAGUCCUUAAAUCAUAGCUCGCUUUGCUGCACUUCACUAUCUUGCUGUUAAAGCCUCGGCAACAUUGUGCCGUCCUUCAUUAUACCGACAUGUAGGUGGGACUGUAUCAGGGCCUGUCGUUUUGGUGAAUGGUCAAAGGGUCAUUUGCCUAAACUUUACUGUAUUGCUGUGUCAGACGUUCUGGUUCAUCUUCAGUUUGGAGAUGGGAAAGAACUUGAUUUUCAGGAUACACAAAUAUUUGGGCAGUGACAUACUGUGGCAUCGCUUAAUGGCCACUCCAGAUAAAGUGUUCAGUUCGAACGCAGUUUAACGUAAAACAAACCUUUUCUUUACCAUAUCAAUAGGAUUGUGGGUUGAUGGUUAGUUGGAUGCCUUGAAAGGUCUGGUGACUGUUUCCCCCCAGCUGGCUGUAGAAAUAAUGCAAGAUAUCCGAAACAACUGAGCGACAGCAGGUCAGAAGGUCCCUAUGGCACCCUUAUCAGAGGCACGUCUGUGUAGACUCGAUCAUUCAAGUCACUGGCUGGUGAUGGGUGAGGAACACAACCUGAAAACAUAAACUGUUGUACUUUUUAGAAAUGUUUUGGUGAGAUCUAACUGAUUUUACGAUGACCUAGACCUAAAGUGAAACUACCAGUGGGAGACUAAUGACACGUACUACAGUUAUGGCAGCGGGCUCAUUGGCAGAACCAAGGCGCCAAUACCGCUAGUGGCCACUAGGGGCAGUAGAGGGUCCAGCCUUGGUGUGCCAGCUGACCGCUACCUGCCUGUUCUCGGCAUUGUGUACAACCAGUUCCGGUUGUGAGGGUCACUGGUCCCUCAGCAUGUUCCUUAAACCCCCGACCACCUUGUGGCUCUAGUUGCUGCUGCUUUCAAUCCCGUUUAAGGGCAUUACUAGCAUUUUAAAGAUAAGUCCAUCAAAAUGCAUUCAGAUGAUCUGACAAGUGAUUCCUGUCCGUUCACUUUGCCUUGUUUAUCUGCCCAAUGUCUUUAUUUCUAAAUGAAUGCAUUGUUGCUAUAAACCAUUACAGAAAAUUAUGCAAUAUGAGCCUAUACUCACUUCUGAGAGAUUUCAAAAUCUGACUGCUACAACAGAGCACGUGGAAAUAAUACCAUUACAAAAAUAAAUGAAACUGGUUGGUGCCCAAACGUAUUUGAAUAAUCCUUGCCUGACCAUGCAAGAUUCCCUUAGUUUGUACGUUCCCACUCGUAUCGGUCAACUUAGCACUCUGGCCCAGCAUCCACUUUCGCGCAGAGGCUUCUAAUAUUUAUGGAGCAAACAUGUCAGAAAAGGGAAACUAUUUUGUAUUUCAUCUCUCACUUUGACUCAUUUAAACUGUUUAUCUGCUGCUGUUGAGUUACUAACAAGGUGUUCAUUUCCACCUGAAAUGGACUAGUCCACUUUGACAAAUGGCCCAGUGUUUAGUCCAAAAUUAUUAGCAUUGUGCUCCGAUUAGUGCUCUUUUAAUUUAAGAAAAUUGCUUAUUUAUCAUUGGUUUUGUUCUCAGUAUUGUCACUGGAGUACAAUUCUGCUGACAACAUUUGGACCUGCUGUUAAACUGGAAUCUUGGUUUGCAAUGUGAUUUUAACUAUAUACGUUUCUACGGAUUAUGAACAGAAAACUUAAGUUAUGUGCAUAUGUCGUGUUUUGGAUGGAUGUUUGUAAAUGGUUGCGGUAACAGUACGGUACUGAGUAGGAAUGCCCUACCCAGCUGUUCUCUUUUGUCAGCCUAAAUUGAAUUUUUGAUUUGUUUCCUUGUUCCACUGUGAAAUGACAACAGCAAGGAUUUAAUUUCAUUUUCCUUUGUGCUUGUAAAAGGCAUACACCAAUCCCUUUGGCACAUAUCAUACAUCAUUGUUAUCCUCUGCACUAGCAAAGGCUCCCCUACCCAUAAUACCCAUGAGACACUGAACAAUACAGUCCUGCAGUCUUAUGUUACAUUACACUCAAUUUAGCACUGGGGAGAGAAGUUUAGAUUUCACUCUUCUAACUACAAAACUUUUGAUACAGUCUAGUGUUUUUUUUUUUUUAAAGUCUGAACUACAUAGAGAAAUUCAUUGUGUACAGAG